AAAGGCAGAAAAAAGCGAACCGAUGCAGGGUAGAACUUUAGUGAUAGCUGAAAAAGAGUCGAAACAUGACGGAGGCGGCAGCUGAACCAGAGAUAAUUCCAUUUGCAGAUAUCGCGCUGGGGGAGAUCCUUGGAAGGGGCUACUAUGGUCUGGUCUAUAAAGCCCUGUGGGGUGAUCUACCGAUAGCCGUGAAGCAGAUAAAACCCGGCUUUGAAGACAAGGAACUCAAGAGGGAGGUAAAGCAGCUAUCAAAGGUCAGCCAUGAAAAUAUCAUCAAGCUCUAUGGCGUCUCUGUGCACGCGAAAACUGUCCAUCUACUAAUAGAGUAUGUUGAUGGUGGAACUCUGCACAAUUUCCUGCAUGCCGAAUGGCAGCCAAGCUAUACGUUAGCCCACGCCAUCAAUUGGGCACUCCAGAUCGCAGAGGGUGUUGCUUAUCUUCAUGGCAUGACACCCAAAGCGGUAAUACAUCGCGACAUAAAGCCGCUCAAUUCGCUGCUGGGACAGCGGGGCCUCCAUCUAAAGAUCUGUGACUUUGGCACCGUCGUGGACAUGACCAGUUCGAUGACAAACAAUCGAGGCACUGUCCUCUAUAUGGCCCCCGAGGUAUGCAAGGGCAGACACUACACCGAGCUGUGCGAUGUACAUAGCUGGGCCAUGACCACGUGGGAGGUACUGUCGCGUAGGCAGCCAUACGAGAAUCAUCUUACCCCUUAUAUGGUCACUUUGGCCGUGAUCACAGGCGAAAGGCCACAUUUGGAUCAGGUAAUGGUGGAUUGUCCUGAGCACAUUAAGUGCCUGAUUGAAGACUGUUGGGAUCCGGAGCCCAGCAGCAGACACUCGAUGCGGCAUAUUGUGACAGUCUUAAAGGAGUUCAUGGCCAUAAAUGAGGACAAACUAAAGCCAUUAGACUAUGUAUUCAGAAACCAAACAGUGCUGCCAAUAGAACAACAGGACCCAUAGGACAUGUGUUACUAUAAUAAUAACUCAUCAAGGAACAACCAAUUCAAUGAAUCAAUGCAUCUGUGUGUGUUUUUUUUUUGUUAAAGGAACCAGCUUUAAUUGAUCUCAUUUGAACGAUAUACAAAAUGGGGGGUGCUAUGUAGUCAAUUGGUACUUUUUCUUUUCUUUUUGUUAGAAAUGACAAAACAUAGUUAUUGAUUAUAUGUAGGUGGUAUAUGAAAUGUUUUGGUUAAUUGUUCGGUAUUAAUAAACAAGUAUUAAACGUGAACAUUAACGCUAAUUUAUUGUUUCUGAA